AAGGCGGAAGAUGGCGGCGGGCGGCAGGCGGCCUGAGCACCGCGGGCCCCCCGAGCUGUUCUAUGACGAAGUGGAAGCCCGGAAGUAUGCGCACAACUCUCGAAUGAUUGAAAUUCAAUCACAGAUGUCUGAAAGGGCUGUAGAAUUGUUGGGUCUCCCAGAGGACCAUCAGUGUCUCUUGCUGGAUGUUGGCUGCGGCUCUGGCUUGAGUGGCGAUUACAUUUCCGAGCAGGGGCAUUGCUGGGUCGGCCUGGACAUCAGCUCUGCAAUGCUGGAUGUUGCUGUGGAGAGAGAUGUCGAGGGAGACCUGAUGCUCGCAGAUAUGGGCCAGGGGAUCCCCUUCCGGCCGGGAACAUUCGAUGGCUGUAUCAGCAUUUCUGCGGUGCAGUGGCUGUGCAAUGCCGAUAAGAAGACGCACAGUCCUCCGAAGCGGCUGCGGCAGUUCUUCUCGACCCUCUACACGGCUUUGGCUCGAGGGGCCCGUGCAGUGCUGCAGCUGUACCCAGAAAACCCUCAGCAGCUGGAGCUCAUCACCUCUCAGGCCAUGAAGGCGGGCUUCACCGGUGGGGUAGUGGUGGACUAUCCCAACAGCACCAGAGCCAAGAAGUUCUUCCUCUGUCUCUUUGCUGGUGCAGCUGGUGUGUUACCAAAGGACGUGGGGGUGGACAGUCAGGCUGAUUUUGGCCGAGAUCAAGCUGGGGAGCAUUGGGAGAGAUGCCCCUUCUCUGUGGCAGAGGCAUGGAGCCUCAGGCCAAAAUCCUGAGACGGCUGCCCAUCACCAGGCGGUUCCGGUCGGCUCCGAGAUGUGAACAGCUGGAGUGAGGAAGGUGUCGUCUGCAGAGGCUUGCUCUGGCAGAGCCGGGCUAGAGGCCCAGGCGGAUCCGGACAGAGCCGGACAUGGGCAGCCUCUCGGGACGUGGGGAGGGUGCUUUCCCCAUUCCAUGCGGAAAGGCGGCAAUGUCCUGCCCAGCCUUCGAUCCUGGCAGGACGGGCCGGCGAUUACAACAGACGGCUAGCCUUGAUCCCCCGCCUUGAUUUCUGCCCCUCCCACUGAUGCAGGGUGACUGCCCUGGAAGAGAAUUUGGUCCCUGGCGGAAGAGGCUUUGCUCUUUUGUGCUCAGCCACCGCCUCGGAAAGGACUGUGUGCCGUCCGUUUUGGAAGGGGGGUCUCUAAGCGUGCUGCUCCUGCCCUGAGUGCGAGGUGGCCUGCAGCUGGUGGGCCUGCCAUCGUUCUCCCCUUGCCUCUCUCUCGUGGGCGGCCGUGGCCCAGAAGGCAACGGGGUG